GAGUUAAAAUGAUGUGUUGCCUGGCUCCCCCCAUGCGGAGUUGAAGCAGUCCUCAUGCAUACUCUGCAUAUCAGAGGCUUUGGUCUCUCCUCUUUCUAUAGCUCUUGUAGGACUGGCUAUGGCUACCACUACUUCCGGGUUCCGUCAUUUCAUUCUCCCGCCGAUCAGCGCUGCAAACUGACUCCGUUCUAUAAGCAAGCGAGCAGCCAACCUGCCAACACUUACUGACACUCACUCAUCUCAGAGCGAGAGAGGGAGACGAAAUACCUACAGGGAAACAGGAGAGAUCUCAAAAAUUCGAUCGUAAUUUCCAUUGCUUUUUUUUUUCUCUCUUUACAGUACUAAUAAAAAGCGAUCCACUGCCUAAAAGGGAGACGCGGAGUUGUUGGAAGAAAACGGGCUAAAAGAUUCCUCCUCUCUUGAUCACCAUCACCAACCAUCAUUCAUUCAUUACCUUGACAACCCCUGGCUUUGAUUGACAGCUGGAGUGGCAAAAAGCCAUGAGACACGACAGUUUAGUUACAUGCGGGUUGUUGAUGGGCCGAUUGUAAACCUUCAGUCUGGUGGUUGACAAUUUUUUUUUCGUGCAAAGGGAAAACAAGAAAAAAAAAAAACAAUUGUACAAACUGUUGUUGGUCCUUCUGUUUGCCUUUUUCUGCCACACUGGAGAAUUCACUAAGUUGAUUGAGAAAAGGAGUCUUCCCACUAAAUCACUUCCUAACCGGACUGGGAUAUUAAAUAUACGACACAUCCAGGAGUUUAUUGGAGCGCAGACUGAUGGCGCAAAGGUACGAUGAACUACCCCAUUACGGUGGAAUGGACGGGGUGGGGGUACCUGCAUCAAUGUAUGGAGACCCUCAUGCUCCUCGACCGCUACCGCAGGUACAUCACCUGAACCAUGGGCCACCGUUACAUGCCAGCCAGCACUACGGGGCUCACGCACCUCACCCCAACGUAAUGCCAACCGGCAUGGGAUCCGCUGUCAACGAUGUUUUGAAGAGAGAUAAAGAUGCAAUUUACGGUCACCCGUUAUUUCCUCUGCUAGCGCUGGUUUUUGAGAAAUGCGAGCUGGCGACGUGCACACCCCGAGAGCCCGGCGUGGCAGGCGGCGACGUCUGCUCCUCCGACUCCUUCAAUGAGGACAUCGCCGUCUUCGCCAAACAGGUCCGCGCAGAAAAACCCUUAUUUUCUUCAAAUCCAGAAUUGGACAAUUUGAUGAUUCAAGCCAUACAAGUAUUACGCUUUCAUCUUUUGGAGUUAGAAAAGGUCCACGAAUUGUGCGAUAAUUUCUGCCAUCGGUAUAUCAGUUGUUUAAAAGGAAAAAUGCCAAUCGACCUGGUUAUUGACGAAAGGGACGGCAGCUCAAAGUCAGACCACGAAGAACUUUCAGGAUCAUCCACAAACUUAGCCGACCAUAACCCAGCAUCGUGGAGAGACCAUGAUGAUGCAACCUCAACGCACUCAGCAGGCACGCCAGGGCCCUCCAGUGGGGGCCACGCAUCACAAAGCGGAGACAACAGCAGCGAGCAAGGAGACGGCUUAGAUAACAGCGUGGCCUCACCUGGCACAGGUGACGACGACGAUCCAGAUAAAGACAAAAAACGACAGAAAAAGCGGGGCAUUUUUCCCAAAGUAGCAACAAAUAUCAUGAGAGCGUGGCUUUUCCAACACCUCACACAUCCGUACCCUUCCGAAGAACAGAAAAAACAGUUAGCCCAAGACACAGGACUGACAAUUUUACAAGUAAACAACUGGUUUAUUAAUGCCAGAAGAAGAAUAGUACAGCCAAUGAUUGACCAGUCAAAUCGAGCAGGUUUUCUUCUUGAUCCUUCAGUGAGCCAAGGAGCAGCAUACAGUCCAGAAGGCCAGCCAAUGGGAAGCUUUGUACUCGAUGGUCAACAGCACAUGGGGAUCCGACCAGCCGGUCUACAAGGCAUGCCAGGGGAAUAUGUAUCUCAGGGUGGUCCUAUGGGCAUGAGUAUGGCACAGUCAAGUUACACUCCUCCCCAAAUGACUAAUCAUCCUUCCCAGUUGCGACUCGGACCAUCGAUGCAUUCGUAUCUUCCCUGCCAUCCCCAUCACCCCGCCAUGAUGAUGCACGGAGGACCCCCAGCACACCCUGGAAUGACCAUGUCAGCACAGAGCCCCACGAUGUUGAACCCUGUAGACCCCAGCAUGGGAGGACAGGUCCUGGACCUUCAUGCCCAGUAGUAUAAGGGAGCUGACAAAAAAUUAAAAAAAAAAUUAAUAAAUAAACUAUUAUAUAAAUAAACUCUUUUAAGACUUUUUGAAUUUUGACCAGAAUUUGACACUUAAUGGAAUUCCAGCUGUGAUUAUUUUUUACUUGUCUUUUUCUUAUUUUCAUGAGAAACAGAGGACCAAGCUCACAAGAAGAAACUGUAACAUCUUGGGCUUUCUUAAAGAACAAUAGGAGGUGAUUGGGGGAAAAAAAAAAAAAAAAACAGAAAAAAAAUUUUAAAAAUAAAAAAGAAGUCCGACUGAAAGAGGAAAAUAAGUAAUAAAAGGCUCCAAGAGUUAAUAUCUACUGUAGUAUAAAAAUAGGAACUAAAUUAAAUUUGUGCAUUUUUGUUGAUCACUCGAUUUAUGUUGCCUCAGAUAGUUUUAGAAGAAAAGUUUCUCCUUGCUUUCCACACUAUGUGUGUUGUUCCCAAAAGAGAGACUGUCUUGGUGCAGCAAUAAAAGAAGCCUGACAUGAAAUAACUGUGGUGGACAGAACUCGUGGGCCAUGGAACAGAACUCCAGACAGGAAGGAAGGCUGCUUGAAAACGCACCCCAAACAACGUCGCUUUUCACUCAUUUCCUUAUUUUUUACAUUGUUGAAUGAAUGUGCCCUGAACUGCCCGAGCACUGGAUCAUGUGAAUUCUUGGUUGGUUUUGGUUUUUUUUUUGCUUUUCUCCCCCCCAACCCCAACCCCCCCUUUGGACUCUUCAGCAGAGCCUUUUGAAGGAUUUAGGAAUUGUGGAGUAGCAGCUUCUCCCCAUAGUUCUUAGCCUUGGAAUCGACACACUUGCCACAUGGACAGUACUGACAAUGGCAAAGAAAGAAGUUAUUGAUGGUCCUUGCACCAAAAAUAAAACAACUUAAAUAUGAACUCAAAGCUUGAUGAAAAAAAAAAGCAGAGAAUAUUGUAACAAACUUCGUACAGAGUUCAGUCAAUUAAUUGUUUCAUGUUAGAUAUUCUAUGUGUUUACCUCAAUUGAAAAAGAAUGUUUUUGCUAGUAUCAGACCUGCUGUGGAAUUGGUAUUGUAUGUCCAUGAAAUCCUUCCUUUCUCAGCACGUGUUCCUCACUAGAAGAAAAUGCUGUUUCCCUUAAGCUUUGUCAAAAGAAAAAAGAAAAAUACAUUAAAUACUUGUAUGAGGACUGUGACGUUAUGUUUAAAAGGUGUUAAGUCACACAUGCUGUAAUAAAUAUUUCAUUUUUGAUUUUUGUUAGA